CGCGCCCGUUCCCUGAGGUAACUCCCUCGUCUCAGUCCGUUGUUCCCGCUCGAGCGGCGCGGUCCCGGCAGCGCGGCGGCGGCGGGCCGUGAGGCCGCGGCGGCUCGCGUUCUUCCUUUCCGCGGCGAUAGAAGCUCCCCCGGGCGUGCCUCCGACCGGGGCGGCUUGCGGGCAGAGCGGUGCGGACCGGUUGGGGCCGGUUCCCCGCGCAGGCGCAGGGCCCCGUAAACAGGAAGCGGCGGCGGCGGCCCGGAGCGGCGGAGACAAAGGGGUUGUGGAGAGGAGGAAGGAGGGACUGGGGUUGGCUUGGCUCGGCUCGGCCCGGCCCAGCGAGCGGGGGUCCUGGCGGCGGGCGGCAGGAUGGUGCAGAAGGAGGGGCAGGCGGCGCUGGAGGAGCCCCAAGGCAGCCCCAACCCGGCUGGGGUGCCCGGCGCUCCCUUAGAGCCGCCGGGCGCCGCCGCGGGGCCCGUCCCGGGAGGCGAGGAAACGGACACCGAGACGGAGACCGCGCUGGGCUCCCGCCGUUUCCUCUGCGGCGUCGUGGAAGGAUUUUAUGGAAGACCUUGGGUUAUGGAGCAGAGGAAAGAACUUUUUAGAAGACUUCAGAAGUGGGGACUAAAUACAUACCUGUAUGCUCCAAAGGAUGACUACAAGCACAGGAUGUUCUGGCGAGAAAUGUACUCUGUGGAGGAAGCAGAGCAGCUAAUGACUCUAAUAGCAGCUGCACGAGAACAUGAAAUAGAGUUUAUCUAUGCAAUCUCACCUGGACUUGACAUCACUUUCUCCAAUCCUAAAGAGGUAUCCACGUUGAAGCGCAAGCUAGACCAGGUUUCCCAAUUUGGCUGCAGAUCUUUUGCACUGCUGUUUGAUGAUAUCGAUCACAACAUGUGUGCAGCAGACAAAGAAGUUUUCAGUUCCUUUGCUCAUGCUCAAGUCUCAAUAACAAAUGAAAUUUAUCAGUAUCUAGGAGAACCGGACACAUUCCUUUUCUGUCCUACAGAGUACUGUGGAACUUUCUGUUAUCCAAAUGUUGCACAGUCGCCAUAUUUACGGACUGUAGGAGAAAAGCUGCUCCCUGGCAUUGAGGUGUUAUGGACAGGUCCGAAAGUUGUAUCCAAAGACAUUCCAGUAGAGUCCAUUGAAGAAGUUUCUAAGAUCAUCAGGAGAGCACCAGUUAUCUGGGAUAACAUUCAUGCUAAUGAUUAUGAUCAAAAGAGGCUUUUUCUUGGGCCAUACAAAGGUCGGUCAACUGAGCUCAUCCCUCGACUAAAGGGAGUUCUGACCAAUCCAAACUGUGAAUUUGAAGCCAAUUAUGUUGCUAUUCACACACUUGCAACAUGGUACAAGUCUAACAUGAAUGGAGUGAGAAAAGAUGUGGUGAUGACUGAUACUGAAGACAGCACAGUUUCUAUCCAGAUUAAAUUGGAAAAUGAGGGGAGUGAUGAAGAUAUUGAAACAGAUGUUCUGUACAGCCCACAAAUGGCCCUGAAGCUGGCCUUAACAGAAUGGUUGCAGGAAUUUGGUGUACCUCAGCAAUACAGCAGUAGGCAAGUGGCCCACAGUGGUGCUAAAACUACUGUAGGGGAUGUAGGGCCUCUGGUGGCACCAUCCUCUUUAAAUGCAGCAACUGUGGUUACCACGGUUUAUCAAGAACCCAUCAUGAGUCAGGGGGCAGCACUGAGCAGCGAGUCACCAGCCUUGGUAAAGGAGGAAGAGAAGAAGCAAUCUGAUGAGGAACCAAUGGACAUGGUAGUGGAAAAACAAGAAGACUCAGACAAGAAUGCUAAUCAGAUACUGACAGAUAUUGCUGAAGCCAAGAUGGCAGAGGAGUUGAAGCCAAUGGAUACUGAUAAGGAGAGCAUAGCUGAAUCAAAGUCCCCGGAGAUGUCUAUGCAGGAAGACUCUGGUAGCGACAUUGCCCCUAUGCAGACUGAUGAGCAAGUUAACAAAGAACAGUUUGUGCCCGGGCCAAAUGAAAAGCCUCUCUACACAGUAGAACCAGUGACUUUAGAGGACUUGCAGCUUCUUGCUGACUUGUUUUAUCUUCCUUAUGAACAUGGGCCCAAAGGUGCACAGAUGCUGAGAGAAUUCCAGUGGCUCAGAGCAAAUAGCAGUGUUGUCAGUGUUAAUUGCAAAGGAAAGGAUGCUGAAAAAAUAGAAGAGUGGCGUAACCGAGCAGCCAAGUUUGAAGAGAUGUGCAGCUUGGUGAUGGGGAUGUUCACUCGCCUCUCCAAUUGUGCCAACAGGACAAUCCUUUAUGACAUGUACUCCUACGUCUGGGAUAUCAAGAGUAUUAUGUCAAUGGUGAAAUCUUUUGUGCAGUGGUUAGGGUGUCGUAGUCAAUCUUCAGCACAGUUCUUAAGUGGAGACCAAGAACCCUGGGCCUUUAGAGGUGGUCUAGCAGGAGAGUUCCAGCGUUUGCUGCCUAUUGAUGGGGCAAAUGACCUCUUUUUUCAACCACCUCCAUUAACGCCCACUUCCAAAGUGUACACCAUACGACCCUACUUUCCUAAAGAUGAGGCAUCUGUAUAUAAGAUCUGCCGAGAAAUGUAUGCCGAUGGAGCUGAUCAACCCUUCCAUAGUUUACCAGAUUUAAUUGGAGACAAGUUAGUAGGAGGUCUACUCACCCUCAGCCUGGAUUACUGCUUCGUCUUAGAAGAUGAGGAUGGCAUAUGUGGCUAUGCUUUGGGAACAGUUGAUGUGACUCCUUUCAUUAAAAAAUGCAAAAUGUCUUGGAUCCCUUUCAUGCAAGAAAAAUAUACUAAACCAAAUAGUGACAAGGAGCUGUCUGAGGCGGAGAAAAUAAUGCUAAGCUUCCAUGAAGAGCAGGAAGUAUUGCCAGAAUCAUUUCUUGCCAACUUCCCAUCAUUGAUAAAGAUUGAUAUCCACAAAAAAGUGACAGAUCCAAGCGUGGCCAAAAGUAUGAUGGCCUGUCUGCUCUCUUCUCUGAAGGCUAAUGGCUCCCGUGGGGCUUUUUGUGAAGUGAGACCAGAUGAUAAAAGAAUCCUGGAAUUUUACAGCAAGCUGGGUUGUUUUGAAAUUGCUAAAAUGGAAGGAUUUCCAAAGGAUGUUGUUAUCCUUGGAAGAAGCCUGUGAAGUGCUUGACAGCAAACUGUUCCAGUACUGUAGUCCCUUAACAGCUGGGCAGGUAGUGGUGGGGAUCUUCAUAUGGUCUAGCUGUACAAAGCCAGCAAUAAGCCAGCUUGGUAGAAGGGUCUAUGCGAAAAUCACCCAUCACACGUUCAGACUGUAAUUUGUUGGAAGAGGAUAAUGCUGCUGAAAAUACUGUUUUAACAAAGAGAAACCUUGUCCUCUCCUGGUCCUGUGUGAAGUGCCAAGGAAUCUUGCAUGGGCUAUAGCUUCUCAGAGGAAUCCCUCUCAAUCGGCACUGUGGUUGACGACAGUUCUCUGCGUUCACGUGUCAACAGAAAAGUGGUCUCUGCCAGAAGUAUCUAUAAAGAUGCAGGGUUCUCUCUGUCAUAGAGCAGGAUCUGCAACUGGAAGUUGCAGAAAUGGGAGGGAUUGCUUGUGUCAAUCAGCAAAUUUAAAGAUAAGUAGCUACAGUUCUAUUUUUUACUAUCUUUAUGCUUGUUGAUAAAGCGAUGACCCGUUGUCACUUCUAAUGAC